AUGAUGGAGAGUGUUCGAGACAAUGAGGAUAAUUUCGUGCAUUUCUCUACUGUUCAAGACAAGAUGUAUGAUUUUUACAAAGAAGGAAAGUUGGUGGAUGUCACAUGGAAAGUCGGUUCCAAAGAGGAAGAAGUGAACGCACAUUCUUCAGUUUGUGCCUUGUCUAAUCGUCUAAAAGAACUUCUUUUAGCACACCCUGGUGAUGAAAGUAAACGAAUCAUUCGAAUCCCAUCAAGUCUGACUAACUCAGCAGACGAACUGAAAUCACUGCUCUUUCUGGCAUACACGGGAAUGUUGGAAGAAAAUCGGUCAAUAACCGAGUAUAUCGAACUGUGUGAAAGGUUUGAUAUGCCUAUAGGAUAUGCUGCGUGUUCUCGUGCUUUACGUUUUCUUUUCAUGAAAACUCUUCUACAGCCAGGUAUCAAUGUAGAAGAGCAGAAUACUCUCCAACGUAUUUUUGUUGAUGCCUUCGAGAAAUCGACCUCCAUGGAAGUUCACCAGACUAUGUUGGAUAUGUUUAGAAUGCAUCCCUUAAUCUUUAACAAUCCCCUGUGUCUUUCAAAAGUCCCCCUAGACUGGAUCCUAAAAGUAAUCGAAGAGAAAAGUCUUUGGAUGCAGAGUACAGAGGGCUAUAUCUAUUUUGGUAGAAACUACGUAACGGAAGUUAAUAAAUUACUGGAUAAUAUUUUUACAAUUCAUGGUGCGACCAAAAUUCCGAUCGAGUUUAAAUCAAAAGAAUCAAUGUUAGCUCCACUUUGCCUGAAGGACCCGAUUAAUGGUUCAUAUGGUUACCAUUCGUACGCAUAUGACUACAACUUUUCAGAGCUACGGGGCUCCAAGGUUUCUUGCGAAAAACAUCCACCCAAUGAAUGGAAGGUGUGUGCCAUAACUGGCCAUACAAGUCGUGGCUGGGAUAACUUACAGGUUCUGGCCGGACUUGAUAUAACUUAUGAAAAUCUGAUUACUGGACUGAAGGAAGAGGUGCUAUGGGGAUUUGAAAAUGAGGAACUUUACACAAAGUGAAAAACAAUUCAAGUUCCGGAAGAUGACAUUAUCACUGGUGUGAUAGUCAAUGGUGGAGGGAUGAUCGAUAAAUUGGUGUUUACCACACUCCGAGGAAUGCAUCUGGAUGCUUUGGGUAAUUCUGACGGUGGAGUUAUAGCAGUAAUUGAACCAUCAAACUUUUGGGGCAACAACAAACCCGACAGCACACUGGUUGCCUUCCAUGGUAUAAGUUACAUCAACAUCGAAUCACGUGGGCAAACUUUUAUAUGCAAGCUGAAGUUUCGAUUCUCUUGUGUGGACAGCGAAGUUGUUCUCAGAUUAAAUGAGAACGAAAAGGAAUUUGCAAACGAGAUCUUCAGAAACAAGAAAAUACUGCUCUAG